CAUGAAACAGCAAUCGUUUGACUUUUACGCUAAAACGGUCACGCCCGCUAUUAUUUCAGUAGACUAUAUUAGACGAGUUGUACAAGAGACGCGCUUAGUGGCGCUACGGUACAGAACAAAACCGAUAGACCGUACGGUCUACGCAGAAGAAGAUAUGCUAAAGAAUAAGAGCAGCUGUCUUCGUUUCUUUACAAUUUUUAAUUCAUCGUCCACAGAACCAGGGCUUGCAAAAUCGUUAUCGAUAUCUCAGUUGGUACCUUUAAUCUUCUUACUGGGUGUAUUCUUCGCAAUUGUGGCUAAAUUCUUCAACUAUAUAAGAAAGUCGAUAUACAAGGAGCAAAAGAAUAUAGAUUCAUCAUUUGAUGCUGGAGGAAAAGUUUCUACUGGAUUAACGGCGACAACCUUAGUGUCACAAUGGACGUGGGCAGCAACUUUAUUACAAUCUUCUGCAGUGGCAGCAAAAUAUGGAAUAAGUGGACCAUUUUGGUAUGCGUCUGGGGCGUGCAUUCAAUUUUUAUUAUUUGCAAUGAUAUCGGUUCAACUCAAAGUAAGGGCUCCUGGAGCUAAGACUUUCCUCCAAGUAAUUAGAGCUCGAUUUGGCUCUAAAACCCAUCUUGUAUUUUGCGUCUUUGCUCUUCUUACCAAUAUCAUUGUGACAGCUAUGUUGAUGUUAGGAGGCGCAGCUAUAAUGACUAACUUAGUAGAUGGAUUAAGCAUUGAGUUAGCAACAAUGCUGGUUGUUGCAGUUAUCUGGACGUUUACACAUAUUGGAGGCCUUGGAGCAACAUUUUAUGUAUCAUAUUUCAAUACUGCAACCAUUUUUAUCAUUACAAUAGCUUUCCUCGUUCACGUUUAUCAUACAUCCAAUGCAGCCGCUGUUGGAUCAAUGAAAAAAGUGUAUGAUAGAAUAGUUUGUAGUAAAGCUCCAGAAGGCAACAAAGAUUCUAGUUUUCUUACCCUAGUUAGUCGACCUGGCUUAAUGUUUGGCAUUAUAAAUAUAGUGGGAAAUUUUGGGACAGUCUUUGUUGAUCAGUCGUAUUGGCAAAGCUCUGUUGCAGCAAAACCAAAAAAUGGUGUUUGGGGAUUUCUUUCGGGUGGUUUAGUUUGGUUUGCUGUACCUUUUACGUUCGCUACAACAAUGGGAUUAGCAUAUAUCUCUAUGUCAGUUGAAAAUGGCAGGCCAUUACUCACUGAAAGUGAAGUCAAUGACGGUUUAGUACCAGCAGUUGUUGCACAAAGAUUAUUAGGAGCUCGUGGAGAGUUAUUAAUUCUUAUUUUAGUUUUGAUGGCUGUUACGUCAACGGGUUCAGCAGAGGUUGUUGCAGUUUCUUCUAUUCUUAUUUAUGAUGUUUACUGCCUUUAUUGGAAGCCGUACAGGUUAGUACAUGACGCUAACUCAUGUAUUCUAUGCGGGAGAGCAAGAGGAAGAGCAGCAACAAAGAAAGAUAAAUGCAUUUGUAUAAGUAUGACAUUUUGCGCUCAUUGUAAAGCUGACGAUGAAAGAAGAAAUGAAAAUAAAAAAAGGGCGCUUAAGGCCGAGUAUCAGUGCACAACUCAUGGUUCUUUCCGAAAGUAUAAUGAUUAUCUCGAGUAUUUGAAGGAUUGGAGUAUGUUAUGGGUUUCACUAGCUAUCCUACCUCUAACUCUGAUACUUAAGGCCACCAGCAUUUCUUUAGGCUGGUUGUACUUGUUUAUGGGUAUCUUAAUAGGAUCCGCUGUGCUACCUAUAACUUUGUGUAUGUUUUGGCCUCGUUUAACAGGUAUAGGUAUGGUAACUGGAGCUUUAAGUGGUACGCUCUCAGCAUUAAUUGUGUGGCUCUCAGUUUCUUCAAUAACGGACAAUGGACUUUCCGAUUUUUUCAAUUCGACAGCCGAAGAAUUGCCGAUGCUUUGUGGAAAUAUAACAUCGAUAGCAGUCAGUUGUAUUGUAACCAUAAUAGUCAGUUUGAUCACCAAUCGUUAUUAUACAAAUGGAAAUGAUCAGGAAAUUUGGGAAAAUACAAGAGAUAUUGAUAAUCCCUUAUCUCCUUGGGUUGAAUUAUAUGCAAGAGAAUUAGAUAUAAGAGGCGUUCACGAACUUGAUAAGCGUCCUUCGUUGCAGGUUGUUACAAGCACCUUUAAACAAGCGAAAAUAAUAGCGAUGAUUGGUGCAAUAUGUCUUACUCUAAUCUUCAUUAUAAUCUGGCCUGGAUCAAUGGCCUCAGCCGGAAUUCUUGAUUUUUCGCAAUUUAGAGGUUGGAUAGUUUCAUGUGAAAUUUGGGGUGUUUUAGCAGCUAUUUUCAUAAUUGUUAUGCCAUUUGUUAGUGAAGCUAUUGAGAUAAAGCAUAAGCUGAGAGAGAAGAACAUGGUGGCAAUUGAUGUGAAAAUUGAGCCGAAAGUUAAAAGGAAGGUAAAAGUUAGGAAUGUAUCUGAUAGUGUUGUCCAUAAAGAAUCAGUUACGGAUCAAGACGUUUGCGUUGUUCGUGUGGACAAUCAAGACGAGCGCCACUCCUCCGAUUCCAACUUGACUGAGGAACAUCAAGAGAUACUGUAAAUUGAAAAAUGUAAAGAUAUCUUCAAAGAAUAUAUGAGUUAUUUUCAAUAAUAUAAAAGAAACUACAUAAUUAUUAGAUAUUUCAUCAUUUUAAACGUUAUUUAUAAAGAACCUAGAAAUCCAUUAAAAAUGGGCUGUUUACUUUAAGAAAG